CCCCAAUCAAAAUUUAGAAACACCCACUUGUUUACGUUACUGAUAAUAUUAAUAGAAGUAUGGUUAAUCUAAACCUUAGAAAAUCUAUAUGAUUUAUAUCUUAAUCUAGCAAUUUGUUGAUGGGUAAUCUAUUGCUUUAGCACAAUACUAGAUCUAUCUACACAGAAUAAUAAUACAUGAAUAAUAGACGUAAAUCUUGCCUUAAAAAAUUAAAAUGCCGUUGACACCAAAGACAGUGUUGGUAACUGGUACAUCUCGUGGAAUCGGACUAGAAUUUGUUAAACAGUUCUUGAACCUACCAACACCUCCAGAAAAAUUGGUCGCUGCAUGCAGAAAUCCUUCAACAGCUACAGAACUCCAGAAAUUAGCUGCAGGGAAUGCAACGGUGAAAGUAAUUAAAUUGGACGUUGAAAAUGAUGAGGAUAUAGAUGCAGCAUUUAAACAGACAGAAGCAGCUUUAGGGGAUAGAGGUCUUAACUUGCUCAUCAGUAAUGCUGGUUUUAUGGACAGAAGUACUGAGGGUAGCUUGAAAGACAUCACCAGAGCUAACAUGCAGAAACACUUCAGCAUUAAUGCCACAAGUCCAGUAAUGAUCGUGCAGAAGUUUCUACCACUUCUAGUUAAAGCUGCAUCGCAGGAAAAAUUACAAGACCUUAGUGCUAGCAGGGCUGGUGUGGUUAUGAUAUCUGGAAGGUUGGGAUCACAAGGUUUCAUAUUUAAAAAUGGCUAUGGAUCCUGGAUCCCAUACAAGUGUUCAAAAACUGCUUUAAACAUGGCAACCAUCAUGAUAAGCAGAGAACUAAAAGAUUCUGGCAUUCUUGUUACUGCCAUCCACCCUGGCUGGGUGCGUACUGACAUGGGCACAGAGGCGGCUCCCACUGGUAAGGAGGAAAGUGUUGCUGAUUGUCUGAAAGUUAUUGGAGAGGCUGGACUAAAGACACAUGGGAAACUGAUAGACUAUCAAGGACAAAUUCUUGAUUACUAAACAUAAAAAAUUGUGAUAUUUUUUUUAGACAAAAUGAACAUAAAAACAAAGAAAUACUUUUUAAAAUUACUGACAAUCGGCGUGGUCGAGUCAGUAAAAGCUCAUGGUUGCUAAACCAAAAAGUCUUGAGUUCGAUCUCCUUAGAUGAGGCUGGUUAGCUGGGGACAGCAACUCUUCUAGGAGAGACAACUCCAUCAUCAAACAACUGCUGCCUUGUAGUUUGUUCUUGGUUGGACAAAGGCUACAGUAGCAAAUCCAAAAAGAAGUUAAUACAUUUAAUUGUGUUGGAGAGAAUUCCAUCCGAUCCAACAAUAAAAAUUAAGACCGAAAAAGAAAGAGACUAAACAUUUUCAUCAUUUAACGUUAAAACUUAUUCUAUAUGAGCCUUAAUUUGGAAGCAACAACCACAUAAUUUUUUUACCUAUGUAUUUACAUAAUAUAUAAAAAUUGAUUCCUUGUGUCAAUCUGUAAAAGUUAUAUUUUGUGUAAUUUCUUUUGUUAUAUACCCCUACUUUUUAAUUAGUAAAUUAUUUAUUGAUUGGGUAAAGGUUUGUCACCAAGACAUGCAGCAAUAAUGUGAUUGAUUUCAUGAAUUGAUUUUAAUGUAUUAUUAUGUAAACUUUAUAAGAA